AGGCUUCAGGAAGCAGCGGAUCCGGCCGCGGCGGCGGCGGCGGCGAGGGCCCGGGUGGGUGACCAAACUUCUCCCGCCAUGGAGGGCGCAGCGGCCCGGGAGGCCCGGGGGGCCGAGGCCCCGCGCGCGUCUGCGCCCCCGCCCGCGCCCUCGGAGCCCCCGGCUGUGCCCCGCGCCCGCCCGCGCCUGGUCUUCCGCACGCAGCUGGCGCACGGGAGCCCCACGGGCAAGAUCGAGGGCUUCACCAACGUCCGCGAGCUGUACGCCAAGAUCGCCGAGGCCUUCGGGAUCGCGCCCACCGAGAUUUUAUUCUGCACCCUCAACAGCCACAAAGUGGACAUGCAGAAGCUCCUAGGGGGCCAGAUAGGCCUGGAGGAUUUCAUCUUUGCCCACGUGCGAGGCGAGACCAAGGAGGUGGAAGUCACUAAGACAGAGGACGCUCUGGGGUUGACCAUUACGGACAACGGGGCCGGCUACGCCUUCAUCAAGAGAAUCAAGGAAGGCAGUAUCAUCAACCGGAUCGAGGCAGUGUGCGUGGGUGACAGCAUCGAAGCCAUCAACGACCACUCCAUUGUGGGCUGCCGCCACUACGAGGUGGCCAAGAUGCUCCGGGAGCUGCCCAAGUCCCAGCCCUUCACCCUGCGCCUGGUGCAGCCCAAGAGGGCCUUCGAUAUGAUUGGCCAGAGAAGUCGGUCCAGCAAAUGUCCCAUAGAGGCGAAAGUGACCAGUGGGAGGGAGACACUGCGGCUUCGUUCUGGGGGGGCUGCCACAGUGGAGGAAGCGCCCAGUGAGUUUGAGGAAGAGGCAUCCCAGAAGGUUGAUGACCUGCUGGAAAGCUAUAUGGGCAUUCGGGACCCCGAGCUGGCGUCCACCAUGGUGGAGACGUCCAAGAAGACAGUGAGCGCCCAGGAGUUUGCGCGCUGUUUAGACUCCGUCUUGGGCGAGUUCGCCUUCCCCGACGAAUUUGUGGUGGAGGUGUGGGCCGCCAUCAGCGAGGCCAGGGAGGCCUGUGGCUAGUCUGCCCUGGGGGAGCCCAGCACAGCCCCAGCCUGGAGCCCCGCCCCCUGCCCCGGCCCUGCUCCAGAACCCAGCCCAGAUUGGAGGCCAAGUUCCUCUCUAGAGCUCAAUCCAAUUUGGAGCCCCAGCCUAGCUCCAGAACCCAGCCCUUCUCUAGAAUCCAGCCCAGAUCUGAGGCCAAGCUUUGUGCUAGAGCCCAGGUCAGCUCUGAGACCAAGCCCAGCAUUGAGAACAAGCCGUGUUCUAAAACUCAGGCCAGCCCUGAGACCAAGCCCAGCUCUAGAACCCAGAUGAGCUCUGAGACCAUGCCCAGCUCAAGAACCCAGAUGGGCUCUGAGACCAUGCCCAGCUCGAGAACCCAGAUGGGCUCUGAGACCAUGCCCAGCUCGAGAACCCAGAUGGGCUCUGAGACCAUGCCCAGCUCAAUAACCCAGAUGGGCUCUGAGACUGAGCCCAGCAUAGAGACCAAGCCCUGUUCUAAAACUCAGGCCAGCUCCGAGGCCAAGCCCAGCUCUAGAACCCAGAUGGGCUCUGAAACCAAGCCCAGCAUAGAGACCAAGCCCUGUUCUAGAACUCAGGCCACCUCUGAGGCCAAACCCAGCUCUAGAACCCAGAUGGACUCCGAGACUAAGCUCAGCUCUAGAACUCAGAUGAACUCUGAGACCGAGCCCAGUAUUGAGACCAAGCCCUGUUCUAGAGCCCAGGCCAGUCCUGAGGCCAAGCUCAGCUCUAGAACCCAGAUGGGCUCUGAGAAUGAGCCCAGCAUUGAGACCAAGCCCUGUUCUAGAACUCAGGCCAGCUCUGAGACCAAGCCCAACCCUAGAACCCAGAUGAGCUCUGAGACUAAGUUCAGCUCUAGAACUCAGAUGGGCUCUGAGACUAAGCUCAGCUCUAGAACUCAGAUGAACUCUGAGACCAUGCCUAGUAUUGAGACUAAGUCCUGUUCUAGAGCCCAGGCCAGCUCUGAGACCAAACCCAGUUCUAGAAACCAGAUGAGCUUUGAGACCAAGCCCAGCUCUAGAGCCCAGAUAAGUUCAGAGACCAAGCCCAGCAUUGAGACCAAGCCCUGUUCUAGAACUCAGGCCACUUCUGAGGCCAAGCCCAGCUCUAGAACUCAGGCCAGCCCUGAGACUAAGCCCAGCUCUAGAACCCAGAUAAGCUCUGAGACCAAGCCCAGCAUUGAGAACAAGCCCUGUUCUAGAACUCAGGCCACCUCUGAGGCCAAGCCCAGCUCUAGAACCCAGAUGAGAUCUGAGACCAAGCCCUGCUCUGAAGCCCAGGCCAGCUCUGAGAUGAAGCUCAUCUCUAGAAUCCAGCUGAGCCCUGACAACAAGCCAAGCUCUGGAACCCAGACAAAUUUUAAGACCCAGACCAGCUUGGAGACCAAUCCCAGUUCCAGAAUCCAGGCUAGUUCAGAGACCAAGCCCUGCUUGAAAACUCGAGCUGACUCUGGAACUCUGGACAGCUCCACAAUGCAGCCACACCUGGACACUCGGUCUAGCUCCAGAACCCCAGUUAAUUUUGGAACCCAUGUGAGAUUCAUGAAGCAACCCAGCUCUGGAACCCCAGCCAGCUCAGGAUUCAGAGACAGCUCCGAAACCAAAUCCUAUUCAAGAACUCAGACCAGCUCAGAAACCCAGGUCCACGCAACUGCCCAGUCCAGAUCCCAAGCCCAGUUGCGUCCAAGCACCCAUCCCCACCCUGCAGCCCAGUCCAGCGCCAGUGACAAUUCCAGCUCUGAGACUGAGCCCAGCUCUAGAACCUCACCUAGUGCUACAACCAGGCCCAACUCCAGGAUUCAGAGCAGCUCUGGAACCUCAUCCAUCUUGGAAGCAAGGCCCAGCUCCAGCACACAGCUUGGUGCCAAGCCCCACUCUGCCUGCAGAAUGCAGGUCAGCUCUAGAAUGCAGACCAAUUUCAAGGCCUGGCCAAGCUCCAGCCCAGACACUGCACUCAAUUCUAGAACUCAGCUCAGUUCUGGAGCACAGGCUGGUUCUGAAAUCCCGGCCAGCUCCAAAAUACAGACAGUGGCUGAGACCCAGCCAAGUUCCAGAAUCCAACUAAGCUCGGGAGUCCUACCUAGUCCUGGGACCCAGGCCAUUGCAGCAACAGAGUUAAGCUCCACAGCCCUGUCUAGUUCUGACAGCAGGCCCAGCUCCAGGACCCAGCGCUGCCCAGGAGCUCGACCAGCCUCUGGGACUCAAUUCGCCUCUAAAACCCUGCCAGGUUCUAGAUACCAGCUCCAGACCACAGCCCCAGAGAGCUCUGGUAUUCAACUAGACUUUGGGGAGCAGACCAGCUCUGGAAGUCAGCCUAGCUUUGGAACUCAGCCCAGCUCUGGGACCCAGAUAAGCUCAAGAAUUCAAGCCAGCUGUGGAAGUCAGCUUAGUUCUGGAACGCAGCUGAUUACUGGAGCCCAUCCCAGCUCCAGAACUCAGACCGGUUCUGGAAACCAGCUCAGCUCUGGGACCCAGGCCCGUGCAAGAAUUCAGCUCAGCCUCGGAGCUCAUCUUAGCUCCAGAACCCAGUCCAGUCCUGAGACUGGGCUCAGCUCUGAGGCUCAGCCCAGCUCUGGAACCCAGCUCAGCUCUGGAACCCAGCUCAGCUCAAGAAUUCAGCCCGACUCCGGAGCCCGCCUUAGCUCCGGAACCCAGUCCAGCUCUGAAACUGGGCUCAGCCCUGAAACCCAGACUGGCUCAAGAAUUCAGCCCGGCCCUGGAGCCCACCUUAGUUCUGGAACCCAGCCUGUUUCUGGAACCCAGUCCAGUUCCAGAACUCACAUCAGUUCAAGAAUCUGGCUGAGCCCUAGAAAUGGGCUCUCCCCACAGACCCCUGGCCUUGACCCUAGAAUCCAGCUUGAGGCCCCUGCUGCAACCCAACCUCAGGCCCCAGGCCCACCCCCCAGAGACCCCACCCCAGCCCCUAGCAAAGACCCCCAGCCUCUGCCUCAGCCCCAAGGUCAGGUUCGUGGCACCCAGGCCAGCCUUGGCCCCAUCCCAGGCUUAUCCCUCGCCUCCUACCUGGCCCCUCAGCCACAGGUCUCCUCAACCCCCCAGAAGCCAGCCGUCUCUCCCAAGCCCCAGGUGGGACCCCAGAAAUCCACCCCACCCACCAUAUCUGUCACUCUUAGUCCUGCCCCCAGAGGCCUCCUGAGUUCCCAGCUGUCUGAGUCCCCAGCUCUGGCGCCUGCCCCUUCCCCAACUCUGGAGGAGCCAGGGCCCCACCCUUACCGCGGGGGGUCGUAGCUUGGCUGUGACCUAGCCCUGGCUCAUGUGGUUCUCACCCUCUCCUGUCCCUCCCAGCCUGGGCCCCCCAGAAGCAGCAAGUGACCUUAUUUCCCCAGCAGGCGGUGGGGGGUGUGUGUGUGGUGGUGAAAACAGGGGCUUCGGUUUCACCGGCCCUGGCUCAGAUCCAGGUCCUUGGAGGGAAAAGGAGGGCAGGAGAUGGGUUGCACCGCAUGUACCCUGAGGGCUCAUGGUGAAUAAAGGCAGCUUCCGUCUCUGCA